AUGGCCAUGGCUGUCAGCGAAGCAGCGCAACGAGUCGGACAAAUCGCCGAGGUGGUAGUUUCCCUUGUCGAACAUCUCGACACGAUUGACUUGGCCAGAGCACAGCGAGUGUCUCGAACGUGGCGAUACGAGAUCAAUAGAUCGCCAAUAUGCCAACAGAAAUUGUUCAAGUCUCCCAUCCCACUACACGAAGAAAUAGCGUACGAUGACUGUCCCGAUCCGUUAGGCUCGGUGGUAUUCCUCGAGGAGAUGGACAAUCUCCCAUGCCAGUACGACGAUUUCCUCCCGAAUGCCAUAGUCGUAUCUGUGCAUCCUAUUAUAGAGGUGCAUCGAAAGCCCGGUGCAUAUAUGAGUGGGAAAGUCAACCUCGAAAGACUUUCCGCUCCGUUGACUGGGGCUUCAGGCGAAAUCUUUCUCACCCAACCUCCACAAGCGGAGGCGAUACUCACAGUGGUUUAUGUUUUCGAUGAAGGACCUUACCUGGGCGCUCCCGUAGCUGUGGUGUAUGACACACGCAUCGAACGACAAGACUACGUUCGUCUCCGCGAUCUGAAGCGCGAGUUGGAUGACAACUUCCGAAGCUCUCAGGACUCAGACUUCUGGGAAUGGCUUCCGUGGCGUUACGAGGGCGUAUUUGCCGACAAGGAAGAGCCUCCGAUAAAACUCGACGACUACAUCACGAGCUAUGGAUGGCCCCGAAGGGAAAGUGCGGAAGUCUCCUUCCAAGGCUGCGUAGACGAGGGCGACAUUCGCGUUGUACAGCUUCGUAAACAGCCUCCACGUCCUGACCCCAGAAGUGGCGAGGUUGGUAGCAAAGGGCUGAUUCGCUAUCUCUCAUCUGCAGAACAAUUUGCGUUACGUUGA